AAAAAUCGGCAAUUGAUGAGAAAAACGGAACAGUAACAUUUUCUCAUUUGCAAGCUGUUAAUAUCACGGAUUACAUGGAUACUUUGACCUUGGAUGUUAAAUUUAAUAACGAUCCUAAUCAUCACCUGAUCAACAAAACCAAAACCAUAUCGUUAAAUGCUAUGUAUAAUCAUAAAACUGGUCAUACCUCUAAUCCCAAUGUCACAAUUAGCAAGGGACAAGUGAAAGGAAAUCGGUAUAAAUUUUAUUGUGAAGAUUGUUAUUCAACCGGUAACGCAACCAUAAGCCUUUACGCUCAUAUUGGACGCCAUCAUCAGUCAUUCAUCAAAUUCUCGUUGGAGGGAGAUUUAAAGCUUAAUCUAGAUUUUUUCUAUCAAGGAUAUAUCUCGACCCCCCUAAAAACUCCGAGUGCAGAACUUUAUAAAACCGGAAUCCCCGGACUUUCAAUACCAGAUAUUUUAACCGUAGGGCCUGAGAUGGCAAUUCAAGCUUCCGCAGGUAUCGGGGUUAGCCCUUCUAUUAUUCUAAGAUUCGGAAUGGAUACUACAAUAGCACUUAAAUAUACAGUAGAAUUAAUUAAGGAAAAUUUAAUCGAUAAUAUCUUUAAUAUCCAAAAUAAUGUCCACACGCCUAGAAUAGAUUUUGACGAUGAAGUGGAAGUGACUGGAUAUUUAGUACCACAAAUUAGUGCGGGCAUUGAUAUUCUUAAAAUUAAGUAUGGUACAGGUGUUGUCUUUAAUUCAGAAUUGAAAAAUAAGGUGUUCAUUGGGACAAAUACUGGAUGUGAAAAACUUACCACUCCAAAACUCUCAAUUAAGUUUGAAGAAAAAAUUGAUGGCUUCUAUAAAUUUGAAUCCAAGAAAACAAUCCCUCUAAAAACUUUCCCUCAG